AUGCGCAGCUUAAGACCUCUAAACACAAUUGUCCGUGUCGUCCGCGCCAGUCGUGGUCUCUCCCUUCAAGCUUAUCCAGCAAUUGACACCAAAAUGUCCGCCGAUCGCUUGAAAGUAGCCUUCCUAGGCCCGCCGGCCUCCUUCUCGCAUCAGGCCGCGGCAGAGUCCUUCGAGAAGACAGACGCCGAAUUACUUCCCCACGUCUCCUUUGCAGACGCCUUCACCGCUGUCCAGCACCAAGUCGCCGAUUACGCGGUUAUCCCGUUCGAGAACUCGACCAAUGGCUCUGUCGUGCAGACAUUGGAUCUCCUUGCGGAUCGAAGCGCCCUAUACACAGAUGUCGAGGUCUGUGGGGAAUACUAUUUGACCGUGCAUCAUUGUCUGCUCGUGCGUAAGGGGACGUAUCCGUCCGGUUGGGCGGGGUACGACGGGUCUAUCACAAAGCUAUAUACACACCCACAAGCCUGGGGCCAAUGUGAGAACCUGCUAUCACAACAUUUCAAAGGCGUUGAGAGACAGGAUGUUUCGUCGACCUCCAAAGCUGCGGAGAUCGUUUCGAAAGAGACCGGCGAGCAAGCCGCGGCAAUCGCCAGUAAAUUCGCAGCCGAGUACCACGGCGUGGAUAUAUUGAAAGAGAAUAUCGAGGAUCGUGCCGAUAAUACGACCCGCUUCUUGAUUCUCAGGAAUACUCGUGUCGAGCGUACCGCUCAACUUGAAUUCGAGCAAGCGUCUACAUCCCCCGCAGCAACAACGCGGAAGACGCUGAUCUCCUUUGCAAUUGACCAUUCCUCGCCGGGUGCUCUGGCGAACGCACUGCUCAUUUUCAAAGCUCAUGGACUAAACCUCACGAGUAUCAACACAAGACCGAGCUUGAAGCGCGCGUGGCAAUAUAUUUUCUUCGUCGAGUGUGGGCGAACACCCUCGGAUGAGAAUAAGGAGGCUGUCCUGAAAGCUCUGGAGGGUUUGCGUGCAGAGACGGAGUUUGUGAGGGAUUGGGGAUCUUGGAAGGAUCAACUCAGCGCAUAG